UUGCCACAGAAAAGAGCAAAUGUACUUGGCGUACUGGCUGAUUUCAAUUUUCUUCACCAUUUUCUGAAGGGAGACCCCAUAGCGGGUCCUGUAUUUACCAACGAUUCCAACUUCUUGGUUUAGCCAUGUCGCCGUGAACUGCGUCCGAGCUCAGAGAGCUGUUCCACAAAUCUUAAGGAGAAAGACAAUCAGUGUGCAAAAGAAAUAUGGGUCAUAGUAAGUGCUGAAAAACUUCAUCCAGUAUUUACGGGUAUGGUGCACAUGCUUUCAGUGACAAAUCAGCUGAUAAAUGAAAAACUAUACUUCUUGGCAAACACACAGUAUCAGUGUAUUACCUACCACAGAAUAUUUACAGCAACAAUAACUAUGAUGUAGUAACAGUCCAACUUGCUGACAGUACUAAUACUGAAAGUUGCAUAAUAUUUUUAUGCCAGAUAUGUGUAGCAAGAUAAUUUUAUAGAGGAAUUAUUGACUGUAUAAAGAAAAAUAUAUUCAGAAUUUUAAAAUAGUUCCCUUGGCCUCCAUCAUGGCAGGUAGUAGCGGCAUCGGGGCGGCAGCAGUGAUCAGAAUGCGGUGAGGGAGAUCGUGCACAUUCUGCUUGUAGUCCCAGCUACUUGGGAGGCUGAGGCAGGAGAACGGCGUGAACCUGGAAGGCGGAGCUUGCAGUGAGCCGAGAUCGCGCCACUGCACUCCAGCCUGGGCGACACAGCAAGACUCCAUCUCAAAAAAAAAAGAGAGAGAAAAAAAAAGAGAUUUCAAGAAUUCUGAAUACUGGCUUACUGGAAACUCUGGCUAUUUGUGUACAGCUUUGUGAGCAAGGACUUAACCCAGAAUUAAUAAAUAACCAAGGAAAUACCACCGGUUAUUAAGGAGCUUCGAAAGACUACCAAAGCACAAAAGGCUGCUGAAAACAUGACAAUCUAACUUUCUGGAGAAAUCCUGAUAUGUUGAGCUCUUCAAGAGGAUUUGAAGACUGCGUUGUAAUCAAGAACAUACGGUGAAAUUACUGCAUGCAGCAGUGUAGAAAAAUCGUCCUUUUUAAAAGAAUUAUAGAACCAUAGCUUUAUAAAUCAGUGGGAAAGUGGCUUACAGAGGGAACUAUCAGGUGUGUUAACACUGCAUCUUAUUUACUUUUUAAAAUGGCACUAAUGUAUUGGCAUUGCUAUGUUUAUAUUUAGGCAUUCCUUAUUUAUAGCUCUAAUAGCUUUAAUUUUCUGAGUAGUCUAUCAGAUGUUUAUAUCUGCUGUGCCUGGGAGAAGUGUGGUGGAACCCAUUAGUAAUAAGGUGUGGUGGUUAUAUGACUUGUUGACGUUUCCUUUAUAAACCAAUUUUGAAUUGUUUAUGCACAAUAACUAUGGAUUUAUGUUGUACUCUCACAGGAUUUCAGCCACCAUUUGUGAAUUUUGAUUUAGGUUCAUUAUAUCAGAAUCUUGUUUUUUAAAUUAAGAACAUGGAAAACAUUUCUUGUAAUCUGCCCUUUAACAAAGAAUAUAUAGUUUUCAAACAGUUUGUUGGGCAGUUAAUAGGGUGAACCAGAUCAUUUUUAUUGAUUUAAAUAAUUAAUUUGAUUAAACUUGGUAUUUUAUGAAGAGAAUAAAUUAUUACAGCUUAGUACUUCAUUUACACAGAAAAAUGAUUGUCGGGCAUGCAAUUUAUCAUGAUGUCAGACUAAGAUUAAAGAAGAAUUUAUUACUAUGCAGAACAUGCAUACGCAUUAUUACUAUUCAUGACUGCCUAUAUAUCUGAACUAGGGUUUUCAAUUUUGAUCAGUUUAGAAAAAGAAAAAGAUCAGGUGCCACAGUGGAUCAGAUGUUCAUGUACCACUGUCCUCAUGAAUUCUGGAGUGCAAUAAACCUAUGAACAGGCAAGAACUUCCAUGGCAUUAAAUAAAAUCUUUCCUAAUUUGCUUCUGUAUGAUGUUAACAUUUUUUUCUACACUGUAUUAUAAAAUAUUUUAUAUUAAAUUAACUCUGUUGUGUCUGUUGCUUUUACUUUAUUCUAAGCAGUAGGUAAGUAUUGUGAAACAUAUUUCAGAUAUGCACAUAUGUGUUAUGUAUAUAUGGGUGUAUCUUCUGGGUUACAAUGUAAAAUUUCUUACUGUGGGUUGUGGAUCAAAAAGUUGGAAAGCUCAGUGGGUUAGAAGUUAGAAGAUAAUGUUGGAUAACUAACACACCUGUAGAAGAAUUUGGCCCACAGACCACCACUUUGCAGUCUCUGAGCUAAAUUGUGGAGGAUAUUGAAUAUGAGUAUACAUACAUAGAACUCAGUUUGUAGGUAAGUUGCAGCCAGAACAGAGAACGAUAUAAUAAAAACUCUUUUAGAGACAUUAAUAUGACCCCGUCUCAAGACUGGCGGGAAUAGAGACUGAAGGCAGAAAGGUAAUUUAAGUAUCACUAAGGCAAUCUAAAAAUGAGAUCCGAAUUCGGAAUCAGAAAAGGAGCAAUAGGGAAGGAGAUAAUGGAGGUAAAACAUGGUGCCAAGUAGAAAAGAUACGGUUUUAGAGCUGGGAGAGACCUUUGGAAUCAUAGAUUUCAUCACCAUCUUCGUCCAAGUAAGGAAAGUAAUAACAGGAGAGGAAAAAACGGAACCCUCUCAGAAUUUGUCUAUGACGUCACACUGACUUAAUAAAAGAGCUUUCAAUAGUUAAUCCAGUUAAUGCAAUUAACAGAAGGCUUGGAUUCCCUUCAGGAUGUGAAGGACGAGCCCUCAAAUUUACUUUUUAUUCAAUGGAUUUAAAUGGCCAGUAAUUCUUAUCCUUUUAAACCCGACUUUCAAUUAAUUAAUUUCAAGGGAGCCUAUGGGGCGUGCCCAAUCAAUUCCUUCCCCAUCCUGAAAUGGGUCCUUUAGCAUUCUUUUAAACAGUACGUUUCCUGAACUCUUAAGAAGUUUUCUAUGAUUUCAGCAGUUUAGGCCUUCUGAAUGAGCCCAGAACUCCUCAUCUGCUUGUUAAUUUUCCAACUGCAAAGCGUUAUUGAACAUUUAAUGACCCUGCCCCACGCAACGCCCACUGCGGCUGGGCGAGGGAAACCAGAGUAGGUCGAGGAAGGGGAGGCCUGCGCUUUCGGGAGGGAAGCCGCUGGGGCUAGUCUGGCUAAAGCUGGGCACUUCCUUUUUUCCCUCGAUACUUAAGGCUACGGGGACACAGGGCGGGCAGGCACAACGGCUGGCGCGUCUCUCUACCCUUGCCCAGAGUCCGCCUCGAAUAAACAGCUAACAACCCCAAUUCCCUUGAACCCAGCGCGGGAGACCCGGCGCCAAUGGCUAGUUCGGUCUCAGUCCCAUCCCGAUGCUAGCCCCGGGAAGCUCCUGGAGCGCCUCUCGUUUCCGGGUGCGAAUAGUAAGCUGCUCGGGAAACCCCAAAACUCUCCCUUUGAGGAAGGGUGCAGACGGCGUCUCCGUUUCCACGGAAACAGGCCGAGCCAUGUCGUCACUUCCGCCGACCUGUCUGGACUCCAGACUGUUGGGAGGAAAAAAGGAAAACUGAGCAACAGCCACGACAGUGGACGCGAGCGUCUCCUCUGUGCGCAUGCGCCCGCUCAGCGGCCUGCUUCUAUUUAUGUGGGGGAUCCAACAUGGCGGCCGCGGCGACCCUGGCGAUGGCGGCGAAGCCCAUCAGAACGUAGUAGCGGGGAAGGGGACACGGUCCGCACUCACCGUGGCGUCGGCAGAGACGGCUGAGGGUGGUGGAGGGAAGAAAAGCGACGGAGAGCAAGAGGAAGGGCGGGCAGGCACGCAGCGCGGCGUAGAAGCGAGCGCCGGCUCGAGCAAAAGCGGAGGGCCAGAACAGUGGGGAUGGCGGAGCCGCGAAGAGUAGCGUUCAUUAGCUUGUCACCGGUGCGGCGGCGCGAGGCCGAGUACCCGGGGCCCGAGCGUGAGCCCGAGUACCCCCGUGACCCCCCCCGGCUGGAGCCGCAGCCGUACCGCGAGCCGGCCCGGGCGGAGCCGCCGGCCCCGCGGGAGCCUGCCCCCCGCUCGGACGCGCAGCCCCCGCCGCGGGAGAAGCCGCUCCCCCAGCGCGAGGUCAGCCGCGCCGAGCCGCUCAUGUCGCUGCAGCGGGAGCCCCCGCGGCCCGAGCCGCCGCCGCCGCUCCCGCCGCUGCCCUUGCAGCCGCCCCCGCCGCGGGAGUCGGCUUCCCGGGCUGAGCAGCCGCCACGGCCGCCGAGGGAGACGGUGCGCCUGGAGCUGGUGCUUAAAGACCCCACCGACGAGAGCUGCGUGGAGUUCAGUUAUCCGGAGCUGCUGCUGUGCGGAGAACAACGGAAGAAGCUCAUUCACACAGAAGACCCAUUUAAUGAUGAACAUCAGGAGAGGCAAGAGGUGGAAAUGUUGGCUAAGAAGUUUGAAAUGAAAUAUGGUGGGAAACCCCGUAAACACCGGAAGGAUCGGCUACAAGAUUUAAUUGAUAUAGGCUUUGGCUAUGAUGAGACAGAUCCAUUUAUUGAUAACUCAGAGGCUUAUGAUGAAUUAGUUCCCGCUUCUUUAACAACAAAAUAUGGAGGCUUUUAUAUCAACACUGGCACUCUACAGUUUCGCCAAGCUUCAGAUACUGAAGAAGAUGAUAUUACAGACAACCAAAAGCACAAGCCACCCAAGGUCCCCAAAAUAAAAGAAGAUGAUAUUGAGAUGAAGAAGCGGAAGCGGAAAGAGGAAGGGGAAAAGGAGAAGAAGCCAAGGAAAAAAGUUCCCAAACAACUGGGAGUUGUGGCUCUAAAUUCACACAAGUCUGAAAAAAAGAAGAAACGUUAUAAAGAUUCUCUUUCUCUAGCUGCCAUGAUUAGAAAAUUCCAGAAAGAGAAGGAUGCAUUAAAGAAGGAGUCUAACCCCAAAGUCCCAAUGACCUUGUCAACCCCUUCUCUGAAUAAACCCCCAUGUGCUGCUGCAGCACUGGGGAAUGAUGUCCCGGACUUAAAUCUGAGCAGCGCUGAUCCAGACCUUCCCAUUUUUGUUAGCACAAAUGAACAUGAGCUGUUUCAGGAAGCUGAAAAUGCCCUAGAGAUGCUAGAUGAUUUUGACUUUGACAGAUUACUGGAUGCUGCUUCUGAUGGUAGCCCCUUAUCUGAGUCGGGGGGUGAAAAUGGAACCACCACCCAGCCAACCUACACUUCUCAGGUUAUGCCCAAAGUGGUACCUACACUCCCAGAGGGUCUACCUGUACUUCUUGAAAAACGUAUCGAAGACCUUCGUGUAGCUGCCAAACUUUUUGAUGAAGAAGGAAGGAAAAAAUUCUUUACACAGGAUAUGAAUAAUAUUCUUCUGGACAUUGAGCUACAGCUACAAGAACUAGGCCCUGUCAUUCGCAGUGGUGUCUACUCCCACCUUGAAGCUUUUGUGCCAUGCAAUAAAGAAACACUAGUAAAACGUCUGAAGAAGUUACAUCUCAAUGUCCAGGAUGAUCGUUUAAGAGAACCUCUGCAAAAACUGAAACUGGCUGUUAGCAAUGUCAUGCCUGAACAGCUAUUUAAAUACCAGGAGGACUGCCAGGCUCGUAGUCAAGCUAAGUGUGCCAAAUUGCAGACAGAUGAAGAACGAGAAAAAAAUGGAUCUGAAGAGGAUGAUGAUGAGAAACCAGGAAAACGUGUCAUAGGACCAAGAAAGAAAUUCCACUGGGAUGACACCAUCAGAACUUUGUUAUGUAACCUUGUUGAGAUCAAAUUGGGAUGCUAUGAGUUAGAACCAAAUAAAAGCCAGUCUGCUGAAGAUUAUCUUAAGUCUUUUAUGGAGACAGAAGUGAAGCCCCUGUGGCCUAAGGGCUGGAUGCAGGCAAGAAUGCUUUUUAAGGAAAGCCGGAGUGUUCAUAAUCAUCUUACUUCUGCUCCGGCAAAGAAAAAGGUGAUUCCUGCACCUAAACCCAAAGUAAAGGAGGUGAUGGUAAAGACCCUUCCUCUCCAUUCUUUCCCCACUAUGCUUAAGGAGUGUAGUCCAAAAAAGGACCAGAAAACUCCAGCAUCCCUGGUGGCUUCGGUUAGCGGUCCUCCAACGAGCUCCAGCACAACUGCCAUUGCUGCAGCCAGCUCUAGCUCUGCACCAGCCCAAGAAACCAUCUGCCUCGACGACUCACUAGAUGAAGACCUUUCUUUCCAUUCACCUUCACUGGAUCUUGUUUCUGAAGCUUUAGCGGUUAUCAACAAUGGGAACAAGGGCCCUCCAGUUGGCUCAAGGAUAAGCAUGCCAGCCACAAAGCCUCGUCCAGGACUGAGAGAAGAAAAAUUAGCAAGUAUCAUGAGUAAGCUGCCACUAGCUACUCCCAAAAAACUAGAUUCUACUCAGACUACACAUUCUUCAAGUCUUAUUGCUGGUCACACAGGGCCAGUACCAAAGAAACCCCAGGAUUUAGCUCAUACUGGCAUCUCUUCAGGCCUUAUUGCUGGUUCUUCCAUUCAGAACCCUAAAGUUUCUUUAGAACCUUUGCCAGCCAGGCUACUUCAACAAGGACUUCAGAGGUCAAGCCAGAUUCACACUUCUUCCUCUUCACAGACCCAUGUCUCCUCUUCUUCCCAAGCCCAAAUUGCUGCCUCUUCUCAUGCUCUGGGAACAUCCGAGGCCCAAGAUGCUUCUUCGUUAACACAAGUAACAAAGGUGCACCAGCAUUCAGCUGUCCAGCAGAACUAUGUGUCUCCAUUACAGGCCACCAUCAGUAAAUCCCAGACCAACCCCGUCGUGAAGUUAAGUAAUAAUCCCCAACUCUCCUGUUCCUCCUCGCUUAUUAAGACUUCAGAUAAGCCACUUAUGUACCGCCUUCCCUUAUCUACCCCCUCACCUGGAAAUGGUUCUCAAGGGUCCCACCCCCUGGUUUCUAGGACAGUACCUAGCACCACUACCUCCAGUAACUAUUUAGCCAAGGCUAUGGUGUCACAGAUCUCCACGCAGGGUUUCAAAUCUCCCUUCUCGAUGGCUGCCUCCCCAAAACUUGCCGCAUCUCCCAAGCCUGCCACAUCUCCUAAACCCCUGCACUCGCCUAAGCCUUCUGCCUCACCCAAGCCCUCUCUGUCAGCUAAGCCUUCACUAUCAACUAAACUUAUUUCUAAAUCCAACCCAACUCCCAAGCCUACUGUAUCCCCAAGUAGUUCCAGUCCAAAUGCACUAGUCGCCCAGAGUAGCCACUCCAGCACUAACAACCCAGUCCAUAAACAGCCCAGUGGAAUGAACAUCAGCAGACAGUCUCCCACCUUGAAUUUAUUGCCCUCUAGUCGCACUUCAGGCCUUCCACCUACAAAAAAUCUUCAGGCCCCCUCAAAGCUAACAAACUCAUCAUCCACUGGAACUGUUGGGAAGAAUAGCUUGAGUGGAAUUGCAAUGAAUGUACCUGCCAGCAGAGGUAGCAACCUUAACUCAAGCGGAGCUAAUAGGACUAGUCUAUCUGGGGGAACAGGAAGUGGAACACAGGGUGCUACCAAACCAUUGUCUACUCCACAUAGACCAUCCACUGCCUCAGGGUCUUCAGUGGUAACAGCCAGCGUGCAGUCCACAGCAGGAGCAUCAUUAUUGGCUAAUGCCUCACCUCUGACUCUCAUGACAUCACCUUUGUCUGUAACAAAUCAAAAUGUGACUCCUUUUGGGAUGCUGGGUGGCCUUGUUCCAGUGACCAUGCCCUUCCAUUUUCCCUUGGAGAUAUUUGGCUUUGGAACGGACACAGCUGGAGUGACAACCACCUCGGGAUCUACCUCAGCCGCUUUCCACCAUAGCCUAACUCAGAAUUUACUAAAGGGUUUACAGCCAGGAGGAGCUCAGCAUGCAGCAACGCUUUCCCACUCACCUCUGCCUGCACACUUACAGCAAGCAUUUCACGAUGGAGGCCAAAGUAAAGGGGACACUAAAUUACCACGGAAAUCUCAGUGACUGCCCGGCAAGCAAAGGAGACGAAAUGUUUAGUUGACUGAUGGAAUCUACCUGAUGGGAAAGUACUUAUGUGGUCAUAGGGCUGCUGUUUCUGUCGAUGUUUACAUUCUCUCGUCCCAAGCACUGUGGUGAGGAGGAAAAAGAAAAGAAAACAUUACUUGAGCAAAACCAGGUGCAGGAGGAAGAAAUGCUUUUGUGCAAAGUUAGUGACCUUUGGUCUCUUCUAAAGAAUGACAAAGUUACCGUAUUAACAGACUUGAAAGAGACUCAGUUGUCAAACCCACAGAAAUACAAAUUUGAUUUUUCCCGGGGGAGGAAGAAGGAAGUCAAGAGAAUUUGGGUAAACAUCCAUCCAUCCUGGGGGUUGGAUCUGAACACUUACAGACAUAAUUGCUAAUAAAAGGCAUUAAAAACUGGAAUUAGGCCAGUUUGUCAGGAAUAAUGAUCAUGUCUAUUUGAAUGGACUGUGUAGCAGAUUUGCCACAAAAAAAAAUAAUAAUGAUUCUAUCUCCGAUAGACAGUAGCUGAAGAAAUACCACACCCUCAAAAAUCCUGAACAAACUUGAAUCUCCUCCAGUGUGUAGCAACUCCCCUAAAUCAGUGGACUAAAGAUCCUUCAGGAAAGUUAUUUUAGCACAGUGAUAUAUAUUAUUAAAUCAUCUAGAUUUUUAAAAAUCAGGAAGUUGAGCCUGUUGCUCUUAAGAGAUGAAACCUAGAUGUCCCCUUUUUGUAAAAGGGUCAAUUUCAUCUUCCGUUCAGAAGCAGGUACUUAACUCUUUUCUUCAGGUGAUUUGUGCAUCUAGUAUUGACUGGUUAAUUCUUACUUCCAUUCUUGAUGUUAAAAUGUGACUGUGUUCACAUUUUUCUCUUGAGAAAUGGGGAUCUUUACAGGGUUAUUGCUUUGCUGCUUUUAGCCCUUGCAGCAACUAAACUCUAAGUUUCCCCAAUUCAUCUAACUUCACAACUUCUCCUUCUGUUCUUUUAGCUCGUGGUCCUUCAGGUGAUUAUUAGCUAUUGGUAUAAACAGGUAGAAGUGUACACUGUGUUUCUUCAUUGGUCAUUCGAAUGGCAUGAAUAUAGUUUUUGAAUUUUUAAGAUGGUAUUUUAAAGGGAGGAAUCACAUUAGGAUCACAGUCACGAUGUAUUUUUACUCCCUGUAUCCAGUGUAGCGAAAUUGUUUGGAGCAUUUGAGAUCCUAAAGCUUUACUAUUUACUCAGUGUAUUGAUAUGUGAGUAAAUCUGCAGAAAAUAAGACUCCUCCUUAGUUAUUAUAGCUUCCUUAUGCAAAUAGCAUAUUCAACAAAGGAUGUUAAGGGAAAAAUUUAUGGUUCUUCUUGGAUACAUUUGAUUUGAUGUUUUUUUUUUGCCGCAUUAUUCUAGUUUUUUAAGCUUCUGAAUAUUUUCAUACUAUAUCAGAGAAUUGUGUAAACUCUAAAUGGUGUAAGCUUGAUCCAUUUAUAAUGACACUAACCUAAAAAAAAUAGACUGGUAGUGACAAGAUUUAUUGCAUUUGUGUUUAUUAUACAUUACCCUAUACCAUUAGAUUUACUCAAUUAAAAGUAUUAACCAGGCCCUUUUUUCUUUUAUACACAGAAGUCCCAGAUAUCCUACAGGACUGUGAAUAAAUAACCACAGAUCGGUUCAGAUCUGUAUGCCUAUAUUUUGACUUCAAAGUCACAUUGGCUUGCUUCAUAGCGAAAAAGUUAAUAAAUAACUGAAAACUUUAGUUCCAAGAACUUGUUACAGUAAAGGGAAAGGAUUAUUUCAAAGGAAUCACUGAUAUAAUUUCUUGACUAAGAAUUUAGUUUAUCAAUAAAACAAAUAUGGAUGUAGUAUGAACCCCAGUAGAUAUUUUGGAAGGAUACUGGGAGGAUGUUGCAGAGAGGUUUGACUUGAAUUCAGUAUGUUUGAUGAAGAUUUGCUUGGUUUCAAUUAAGGAAGCUUGCCCAAUUUUUUUUAUUUUUUCAAAUGUAGUGGACCUCUUGCUUUUACAAAAUUUGAACAGAAAGGUCUUUGCUUCAUACUAGGGGAAGUGAUGGGAUUUUCCUUUGCGAAGGUGACCUUUGUUUUACUUCUCAUACCACAAGAGAAGUCGAAGUGCAUAUUAAUUUCUCUUCCUGAAUACUUGUAUAUAUGUUUGUCUGUAUGUAUAUGUACAUACACACAUAUAUUCAUAUAAAUGACUAGUUUGAGUCAAAAAAUCAUUUGAAUGUCUUAAAACAUCAAUUCUGAAUCAUGCCAUGUGAAGAUCCCUGGUGACUCUCAUCAUUAGAAAAGAACAAGAUAAUCAGUUCUUUUCCCUUUAACAUUUUAAACGAACCAGUAAAAAUAUCUGAAGGCCCUUGGCUCCAAGAAUAUAAUAUGGAGAUUUCUUCUGUGUUCUCUUUAGUCUUGAUUCCUUGAGGACUACUGUCAGAUCCCUACCUUAAACCCCCAUCUGCACUGACGACUUACAUUCAUUUCAGUCAGGACCCCCCCUUUUAUGUUGUAUGAAUCAGUCAAACAUCGUUGUAUUUCUGUAUAGAUAAAGUGUGAUCAGAGAGUUUCUACAUGUAAAUAGUAAUCUGUUUCUUUUCUAGAUCAUAACAUUGAAAAAGGUGCCCAUACUUUAUGGUCACCUGUCUUUACCGUUUUUAUUACUAAAAACAAACAUAUAAAUUGGUUAUUUUUUAGCACAGAGACUUGUGACUCAUACUGUAUUUUUGCACUUAAAAAUCAAAUUAUGUUAUUUUUUAAAAUGGUGAGUCAUUGGAAAGGAUAUCUAUAGAGCAACGUGUAUUUCUGAAGAGCAUUAGCAACAUCCAAAUGCAAAAAUAAUCAGCACACAUGAUUAUAUCCCACUCCUCGGGAUUCUUGAUUCAGGAAGAUUAAGCUGUUUGUUUUCAACUGUUUUAUAUUUUAAAUUGCCUUCACUGAUAUAUAAGCUGUUACUGUACAUACAAGUUAAUCCUCAGUAUUCACAAGCAAUAACAGUCAGCAGGGUUGUCCUCGGAGAUAGCUAUGCUGAGCCUCAGUUGGAGACUGGGAGCAAAGUGUCAAGCUCAUUCAGAGCAUCCAGAAUAAAUGCAAGCAAUAAUUUCCAUUAUAAGUCAAUUAUAAUUCUUGUAUGCUUUUGAGGUCAGAGGGUAAAUGAAAUCAUGAUUUUAAAACAGCCUGAAGAAAAAGGUUUUGGGAAAGGAAAUGAGGCUAAUCUGUAGUCAUACAAUUCUGAUAGUUUGCGGAAAUGAGAAGAUGGUGAUAGUGCAUUGUUUCGUGCCCACCCCCCUCUGAUGGAUGUUGUUGGCCCAGAUUACAUUUUCACAUCACGGACAUUGAAUAGGGUUUACCGAAUCAGGAAGGUAAGGGGAAGAACCGGGCACAUAUGUGUUGGAAUACUGUGGGUUUGACACCUGGUUGAAAACAACUUAUUGGACAUGAUUUUUAACCCAGGAUAUUUUUUUCCCAAAGCAGAUCUAAAUUGUUUACUACCCAGGGUUGGAAAGGGCAGGCACCUCUAAUCUAGUCUUUCUCCUCUGGUUGCCCUCUCCCACGCCCCUUUCCACCUAUACUUGGUUCAAGACAUUUUCUGAAACGAAAAUUCUACUGUUAUUCAAACUGCCAUUGGUUAUGAGAACUCUGUGUCCUUUGGGAUCAUCUCUUAGAACUCCAGUGAUCUAUCAUAUUUGCUGCUACAUUUGUAAAAUGAACUUUGCCUGUAUUGGUUGACUUUAAUUUACAGUUCUUUAUUUCUAGGAUGUUUUGUCCUCUAGUUUGACUCAUGUAUAGAAUUAGGAUACUUUAUUUUAGGAGUGUACCAUAAAAGCACACUGGUCCCUUUGUUGUUUUUAUUAUUUAGGUUUGGAAUUUCUGUUUGCUUUUUUUUUGUUUUUCGUUUUGUUUCUGUUUUUGUUUUUUUUAAAGUUGGAAAUAGAAGAAUGAGAAAAAUCUAUAAUCAGGCCAAACUUGAGAACUUUCCUGUGCUUCAGCACUGUAAUUCUGCUGACCUAAUGUUCUCAAAAGAGGCACUUUUACUUUCUAUUGUGCAUGUAUGAUUGUUGUUUUUUGCUUUUGGGGGGGCUUUUGUGUUUGUAAUAAUGAAGCAGAAGAAAAGUGCAGUAGUAGAUAAAUGAUCACAACAUGUUAUGCAAUUUUAUUUUAUAAAAUUUUAAGGGGAAAAGUUUAACUCUUUGUAAAUCAUUUCUUAGCUCUGGUAAAAUGCUUAUAUUACUCCUCUAAAACGUGCUCAAUUCAGGCCUUUGUCUUUGUUAAGUGCCUUUUUUCUUUCUUUUUUCCUCUCUUUUGGAACUAUUGUCAGAUUAUCUUAAAGUACAGACUGAUAAGUCAGGGGAUUCAGGAGGAAGAAUCUCACACUUGCCAACGUCAUGUCAUGCUGUGUAACCCUCUUCCUUUUCUAUGUAUAUGGAUAUAUGUGUAAGAUACAUACAUUACAUAUAUAUAAAACUAGGAGCUGCUGUACCAUUGCAUCCUUUCCAAACACUCCCCUUUCAAUGUUUGCAAAACUUCUGCCUUGUUUAUUCCAUUGCUUUUAGUUGAUUAAAGUGGGUGGAUUAGAAAAGUAUCUUUUCGGCCAGGCACGGUGGCUCACGCCUGUAAUACCAGCUCUUUGGGAGGCCGAGGAGGGUGGAUCACAAGGUCAGGAGAUCGAGACCAUCCUGGCUAAUGUGGUGAAACCCCGUCUCUACUAAAAAUACAAAAAAUUAGCCAGGCGUGGUGGCAGGCGCCUGUAGUCCCAGCUACUUGGGAGGCUGAGGCAGGAGAAUGGUGUGAACCCAGGAGGCGGAGCUUGCAGUGAGCUGAGAUCGCGCCACUGCACUCCAGCCUGGGCGACAGAGCAAGACUCCGUCUCAAAAAAAGAAAAGUAAAGUAUAGAAAAGUAUCUUUUCACAAGAGGCCAUCUUCGCCCUUUGAAUAUCUGCUUGUAGAAGUUAAUAACAAUACACACACACGUCAGUUACUACAAGUAAAAUAAACUUAGUGAAUCAUUGACUGUUCUUGGAUAUAACCCACUUUUCUAUGCUCUUUAAACUUGGCAUAAGUAAUAUAGGAGACAGCAUUGGAAUAACAAGAGUACCUUGCAAGUCACAUUGGUAAGGUGCGCUAGACUAAACGUGCGAAGGCUAGCGUUAGAACCACGGUUUGGUAUCUAAAUAAGUUUAGAAGGAAGUUAGCAACUAUCAACGUUAAAAAUGUAUCAUAUUUUCUUCUGGAAAAUGAUUUUUGAAGAAAUCAUAUAGCUGCAUAUCUAUCUGUUAAAAGAUUAAUAAACUCAGAAGUAGAAAGACUUCAGAUGCUGAAGAAAACAUUCAUAUAAUCUAUAGCAUUCUUGAGAGAUUUUCCAUUUGCUUUUUAUUUGCUAGAUAAUUACAUUUGGCUUAAUCUGAUUUUAUGGUUAUUUAGAUUUCUCCCUUGAGCAAAAUAACAUAAUUUUCAGUAUCUAAGAUUCAUCGAUUUCUUGUUGAAAACAAAUAGAUGUGACAUGUUAAGGGAGACCAAGUUGAACCAUCCCUCAAACCCAGUACAAAUAUACCUAGUAAGUGCCCCCCUUUCAAUACAUUCUAAUUGGGAAGAAGAGACUAGUGGCUUAAAAGGAAAAAGCAGAAGUUCCUGGUAGUGUUACCUGAUAGCAGAACUUACCAGGCAGUUGGAAUUCAUGAGUGUUAUUCUUGAAUGACUGUGUCUAGGGGGAAUAUUGUUUAACCUUCGUGCCUCAGAUUACCCAUUAGAUAAUUGGGUAUAAUCAUAUUCACCUACCUCCCAGGGAUAUCAGAGACUUUACUAUUUCAAAAAUAUUUUGAGUUUUUGUAGAAUGUCCUAUAUAAUUAAAAAUAGUAUUAUCAUCUUCCUGCAGAGGCUAAAAAAUGUUUUCCUUAUAAUGAGUAUAAAAAGCACCCUAUGAUUUUUAAAUUAAAAAAAAUCACUGGAAUUUUAAUUUAGAUACAUAUUUGUUAUUUAAACAUUAUCUUUGAAGUGGGAUAAAAUGUUUAGUUUCAGGUUAACAAGGGGGAGAAAUAACACUAAGUUUAAGUAGUUUUUUUAGCCUUUUACGGUGUUAUUGUGAUUUUUGUCAAGGUUGUGGAGCUAAAGUUAGAUAAAGUUAUGAUGCUUGGUUAUUGGAGUUGAUAAAUGAUCCUGGAAGUUUUAACUGCCUCACUUUUCCAUCUUCUCAGUCUAAUUUCCUUUUAUUGCUUGUUUGGGGAUGGAUAGCUAAGCUUUUUAACUUUCUGAGUAGGAUGUCUCAUUCUUGCAAAUCAGAGAUUGUGUACUAAUUCCAUGAACUGUAGGUGUAUCCAGCUCUGCACUGAAGGGGUGAGCACUACACACAGCCAGCCGGAUACUCUUGUAGCCAUUGCACCUUUGUAAUUCAUGCUUCUUCAACCCAUGAAAGAGGUGGAGCCAUCAGCUGCUCAGGUUGUAAGAAAAUGGGAGACGGAAGGCAGGAUUCACUUUCUAACUGGGUCGGGGUGGGGAAGGUCAGGGUAGAAGGAAACAUGUUUUCCCCGGCUCCCAGGAGGAGACGAAGAUCGUUUUAUCCCACCUUCCAUCCCUGUAUAUUAAGUAGUACUACUACAUAGAAUUUUCCCGUUAUCGUUUAAAAUAAUAGCAACAGGAAAAAAAAUGGAUGCUGCAGUUUUAGUUGGGGCUAAAUGCUGAGCAACGAUUGUUGGAGUGUGUGUGUAAAUUUAAAUUGUAGCACAUAUUCACGGUCAGGAAAGGAGAAUGUGGGAUGAGGAACCAAUUUUAUCAGGUUCAAGUGAGUUAGUAGAAAGCACCAGGUCCAAGCAGACAAAGCAUCUGGUUAAUUUCCAGAAUUGGCUAAGGUCCACUGAAUCUCUAAAGAUAGGAUGCGUGUGUGUGUGUGUGUGUGUGUGUGUGUGUGUGUGUGUGUGUAAGACACUUUUUGGAUUUUUGUUGCUUUUUCCAGAUAAGGCCUUAGUUAGCCUCUAAAUAUCAACUAUGCAGAUAAACAUACUACUUUUUUUUCACAUUUACCUGUCUUUUCCAUUCUUAGAUAACAAAUGUUAAGACCCAAAGAAAUAAGGCAUAAGGGUUUUUGUUGAAUGUGUGUUUGUUCUUCUCGGGAAAAUUAACAGAAGCAUAAAAUAGAGAUACUUUGUGUGUUCAUCUAUCCUAAAAUGUGAACUCUGUAUUCAAAAACUAUCUACAGAUCCUUUCACUGGUGCAAAGCUGUAGUUAGUAUCAUGGAAUGUCUUUGGGUUGUUAAUGAUAAAAUCAUCCCAGUGUUCAAUUCUGAGAGUUUUAGAUUAUAUGACACAAUGUUCAGGUUUAUAGAGCUGAAUGGGUGGUCAAACUCUAAUUAAAAAUAGCUUUGAAUAUUAAUGUUGAAUUCUUCUUUCAUGGUUUCCUUUAGUCUUCAUUCUUUAUUCAGAGCUCUUAAUCAUAUUGCUACACUAGAAUAUGAGUUGUAUAUUAGGAGUCUGGGGAGGAAAGGUUAAAUUGUCUUUUUCAUCCUCUGCUCACUCACUGUGGCAACCUAUCCUGUGUCCCCGUAGAACUGAAAAGUAAAGCCGUGUGCAGGCCUGCUUUAGAAGACUGUUUACAUCCCAGCAGAGGAAUCAGGCAGGGACUCUCUUAGGAUUUUAAUCAGACUGCCUUUGAAUAAUGUGAUAUUAAAUUUUAUUUUUCUCAUAGACUCUCAAAGUACCACUUGCUUGAAAGUAGCUACUUGUGAUCUUUAAUUUCCUUAUAUUGUAAUAGUUCUACUUCUCAGUCUUUCCUGUGUAUCUCCAUUUCAUAGUGGGUUAGUACUUAAACUUCGGACACUUUUCCAAACUGUUAAACAAGUCAGGAAUGCUUUUCAGAAUCGCAGUAGUAUUAUUAGGGUCUCUGUGUCUAGGACUUAACAGUCAUCAGUGGUCAUCACUGGGACUAGAGGUUUUUUUUUCCUCUUCUCCUUUGUAUUAAAAAAUAGAUUUUGCUACUGUAUAAUGUGGCAUUUCAUGACUUCCUCUUGUUACUUUUCAAGAUUAUUCUAAAGAGAUGGAGAUCUUUAUUAGGGGCUAUUUCUCAUAAUAGUCUGCCUUGCUUAUUUUCAUACUCCCCCUGAAAUAAGCCUACUUUUGCAAACAGGCCAUAUGAAUCAAAUUUUAUGUUUGUUCCUAACAAAAUUUUCUAUAUAUUAUUUGUUCCCACUUUGCUAAUAAUAAUAUAAUGAUUUUAUUGUAAAUCUGUGUUUUAAAUAUUUUAUAAUAGAGCACUAAUGGAAACCUAAUAAAUACAAACAAGAUGACUAUUACCCAAGAUAACAUGGAAAUACUUCUGUUUUUGAAGUUAACAACACCGUCUGCCCUCAAAGCACAUUUAGGAGUAUCAACCAAGACCAGCCAGUUGACAUGUUUUUCUGUGUGACAACCUGCCCUUAAAUUGUCAGAUCUUAACUAUCUUGUGUUUGCUGUGCUUGCAGCCGUAAGCUUUCCUCCUUUUUUGCUUAUCCCUGCUGUUUGUAGGGUUAGUGUGCCCUCUGUCAGAAAAUUGGGUUUGCUUUACUAUACCUGCAAAAUUACCAAGGGUUACCCCAAUGUUGUCUAGAGGAAUUAAAAAGAACUUAGUUGACAAAAGUAUUACUGUUUUACAUAGUUAAUUGGAAAGUUGGCCAACUUUGGUCACCUAUUUUUGAGUCUUGGCUAUGCCUUUGUAAUUAGUUACAUAUACCUUCUGAGACCUUCAGAUAAUCAGUGGGCCCUUCCCAAUUAGAGGUAGGUUCCCAGCCUACAAGUAAUUUCCUGUGAUCCAUGGCAAGCCUCCAGAGAAAACAUUCAAGCUUUGCACUGCCCUUUUGUUGAUUGUCAUUGAAAACUUACUUUAUUUCAGAAAGUAUCAAAAAUACCAAAUUGGUCUUUCAGAGGGUAUGUAAAUCUGGGGCUUGCCCUUGGAUUUCACUUGUUAAACACCCUCAAACUUAAAAGAAGAAAAUAAGUCUCCAGCUGGUGAAAAUUUUGUGCCCCAAAUAAUAUAUUAAUCCAAGUCUACCAAGGUAACUAAGUGAUGGGUGUUUUCUCUCUUUUAUUACAAGCAAGAAAGUUUAUUUGCAGUUGUAAAAAUGAUUACCGAACUCCAGACCUAUUUGCUAUAACUGAUUGGAAAUAAUGAUUCUGAUUUUUAGUCUGGGUAAGCACAUACUUCCAACCAUUACGGUGUGAAUUUUGAUAAGGGAAAGACUUGUUUGGUGGCCCAAGGAAAAACAGGACGUAUUUAUACAGUGAAUGUUCACUCUGCAGAGGAACUUCCCUCCAGUUACAUCUUCCUCAUACAUUAGCCACCUCCACACUUGACAUAGAUGCCAACAUGUUUCAAAACCAAUCUCGAAGGAGCCUAAAGAGUUGAUGGUCCUCUAGGUGAAAGACACGAAUUACUGUAUUGCAUUUGCUUAUAGGGAGGUGUGUUUUUACUAACUUGAAGGGAUAUACUGUAUUUCAAAAUAGUGUGUGACUUAAUAUUUUGGGAUUUUUUUUUCCUCCUUUAAAAACUGGACCUGAACACAAGCUUUGAGUUGAUAUUUGUAAUAAUCUCAGGACCUGAAAGAUUGUAGCAUUUAGUGUGUCUUAAAAAUUAUGUACUGUACCAGCCAUGGAUUUUUGUAAAUAUACCUGUCUCCCUUUUUGUAUUUUAGUAAAAAAAAAAAAUAAAUUUAAAUAAAAGGGGGUGGUGAUGACAUGUGAAUGGGUGUGGGUAUGUGUGCGUGUGUGUUUGUAUAAGGCUCUUUUGAGAUGAACUGGUGCUUGUUUAAUUUCCAGCUCAAAUUGGAGCAGGAAUAUGGACAAACUGCUGCUACUGAACCCUGCACUGAGCCGAGGUAUUUCCAUUUGGUUAAUUAAACGCUAGCUACCAGGAAAUGACGCAGAAGUCACGUUCUUCUUCCCACUGCCAUCUUGCCUUUGCAUUCUCAGUUCUACGUGCCCUUUGAACUUUAAUGGUAAAACAUUUCAAACUUUGUGUGGUUUGCUUGUCUCUAGUUUUUAGAAAGCUCUUAUUACUCCUUCCUAAGAAAAAAGAAGGGCAGGUAAAUUUUUUUAACCAAAAAAAAAUCACACAUUUUAUAAAACCCUGAUGAAUUUUGGAUAUGUGAGAGGGCAUAAACAUUCCUAAAUAUGGACCUGCGAAUUUAGUAAAUUACUCCCAUGAAUAUACUCCUUCAGUGCAGGGAUUUUUGUGUUGUUUUUUUUUUUAAAUUUUUUUGCAACAGCCUUGCUCAUAUUCCAGGUGUAGCUAGCAAACCCCUGUUUUUGAAGCAAGAGCCUUAUUUGAUUCAGUGUAGAUGUUUCCUGUCUAUCCUUUGUGACAGGGCCUUUUAAUGAGUGUUUUUUCUUUUUGUAUAUGUUACGUGUUUGUUGUUGUAUUAAAUAAAGAGGAAUGUACAUACUA